GUCUCCUGGCGAGGCGCCGCGGCGAGAGGGGAGGUCGAGCUGCGCUCCGCCCGCCGCCGCGGGCCGGGGCAGCCCCGGCCUCUUUCAGAAACUUCUCCGCAAGUCGGUAUGGGCAGGGGGGCCGGCGCCGCCGCCUCGCUGCCGCUGCUGGCGGCGCUCGCCCUGCUGGCCGGCAGCUCGCCCGCCCUGCUCGGGGCGGCCCGGGCCCAGCUCUCGGCAGGAGGAUGCACAUUUGAUGAUGGUCCUGGGCCCUGUGACUACCACCAAGACCUGUAUGAUGAUUUCGACUGGGUGCAUGUCAGUGCUCAAGAGCCUCACUAUUUGCCACCUGAAAUGCCUCAAGGAUCAUAUAUGAUAGUGAUUUCCUCAGACCAUGACCCCGGAGAAAAGACUCGACUUCAGCUUCCAACAAUGAAAGAAAACGAUACUCACUGCAUCGAUUUCAGCUACCUUCUGUACAGCAAGAAUGGAGGAAACCCAGGCACUUUGAAUAUCCUCGUUAGGGUGAACAAAGGACCACUGGCUAACCCCAUCUGGAAUGUCACUGGCUCCACCGGCAAAGACUGGCUUCGAGCAGAGUUGGCUGUCAGCACUUUCUGGCCGAAUGAGUAUCAGGUAAUAUUUGAAGCUGAAGUCUCAGAUGGAAGAAAUGGCUACAUUGCCAUUGAUGACAUCCAGGUCCUGAGUUACCCUUGUGAUAAAUCUCCACAUUUUUUGAGGCUGGGGGAUGUAGAGGUCAAUGCAGGGCAGAAUGCUACCUUUCAGUGCAUUGCUACAGGGAGAGAUGCAGUGAAUAACAAGUUAUGGCUCCAGAGAAGAAAUGGAGAAGAUAUUCCAGUUGCUCAGACUAAAAAUAUCAAUCACAGAAGAUUUGCAGCUACCUUUAAGUUGCAAGAGGUGACAAAAACCGAUCAGGAUUUAUACCGCUGUGUAACUCAGUCAGAGAGAGGUUCCGGAGUGUCAAACUUUGCUCAACUUAUUGUUCGAGAGCCACCUCGGCCAAUAGCACCCCCGCAGCUGCUGGGCGUUGGGCCUACAUACUUGCUCAUCCAGCUGAAUGCCAACUCGAUCAUUGGGGAUGGCCCCAUUAUCCUGAAAGAAGUGGAGUACCGGAUGACGUCCGGGACCUGGACCGAGACCCAUGCAGUCAACGCACCAACGUACAAGCUCUGGCACCUGGACCCUGACACCGAAUAUGAGAUUCGGGUCCUGCUCACCAGACCGGGCGAAGGUGGGACGGGGCAGCCAGGACCACCACUCAUCACCAGGACCAAGUGUGCUGAACCUAUGAGAACCCCAAAAACACUGAAGAUUGCUGAGAUACAGGCCAGACACAUCGCCGUGGAUUGGGAAUCUCUGGGCUACAACAUCACUCGUUGCCAUACUUUCAAUGUCACUAUAUGCUACCACUACUUCUGUGGACACAAUGAGAGCAAAGCAGAUUGCUUGGACAUGGACCCCAAAGCACCUCAGCACGUUGUGGAUCGUUUGCCUCCCUACACAAAUGUCAGCCUCAAAAUGAUCUUAACCAACCCAGAAGGGAGGAAGGAAAGCGAGGAAACCAUUAUCCAGACAGAUGAAGAUGUGCCAGGCCCUAUACCUGCCAAAUCAGUGAAAGGAACUCCUUUUGAAGAUAAGAUCUUCCUCAACUGGAAGGAACCUGUGGAUCCAAAUGGCAUCAUUACUCAGUAUGAGGUCAGCUAUAGCAGUAUACAGUCGUUUGAUCCUGCAGUUCCAGUGGCAGGACCUCCACAAACAGUGUCAAAGCUGUGGAACAGCACACACCACGUCUUCUCCCACCUGCACCCUGGUACUACUUACCAGUUCUUCAUACGUGCAAGCACUGUCAAAGGGUUUGGACCAGCAACUACGAUCAAUGUAACAACCAACAUCUCAGCUCCCACUUUACCAGACUAUGAAGGAGUCGAUGCAUCUCUCAAUGAAACUGCUACUACAAUAACUGUACUCUUGAGACCUGCACAGGCCAAAGGUGCACCUAUCAGUGCCUACCAGAUUGUUGUUGAAGAGCUGCACCCGCACCGAACAAAGCGAGAAACUGGUGCCAUGGAGUGCUACCAAAUCCCUGUCACCUAUCAGACUGCUCUUAGUGGAGGGUCACCGUAUUACUUUGCUGCUCAGCUUCCCCCAGGAAACCUGCCAGAGCCAGCCCCCUUUACUGUGGGUGACAACAGGACUUACCAGGGUUUCUGGAACCCCCCGCUGGCUCCUCGGAAAGGCUACAACAUCUAUUUCCAGGCCAUGAGCAGCGUCGAGAAGGAAACCAAAACUCAGUGUGUUCGAAUAGCUACAAAAGCAGCAGCAACAGAAGAACCUGAGGUGAUUCCAGAUCCAGCUAAACAAACAGAUCGAGUGGUGAAAAUAGCAGGAAUAAGUGCUGGAAUUCUGGUAUUCAUCCUACUUCUCCUUGUUGUCAUAUUGAUCGUCAAAAAAAGAUAUAUUACUUGGAGAAGAAACGUCUGCAUUAGAAACAUUAGGAGGAGCUACUAUUCUUACUCCUACUAUCUGCUGGGCAGCAAACUUGCAAAGAAGCGCAAGGAUGCCAUGGGAACCACCCGCCAGGAGAUGACCCACAUGGUGAAUGCCAUGGACAGGAGUUACGCCGACCAGAGCACUCUGCAUGCAGAGGAUCCCCUGUCAAUCACAUUUAUGGACUCUCAUAACUUCAGCCCCAGAUUGCCCAAUGAUCCACUUGUGCCGACAGCUGUGUUAGUGCCUAUUACUGAUGAAAAUCACAGUGCAACAGCAGAGUCCAGCCGACUCCUGGAUGUCCCUCGUUAUCUCUGCGAAGGCACAGAAUCCCCGUACCAGACUGGGCAGCUGCACCCUGCCAUCAGGGUGGCUGAUCUCCUGCAGCAUAUUAACCUAAUGAAGACCUCUGACAGCUAUGGAUUUAAAGAGGAGUAUGAGAGUUUCUUUGAGGGGCAGUCAGCUUCUUGGGAUGUCGCUAAGAAGGAUCAAAACAGAACAAAGAACCGCUAUGGAAACAUUAUAGCAUAUGACCACUCCAGGGUGAUUUUGCAACCUGUUGAAGAUGAUCCAUCUUCAGAUUACAUUAAUGCCAACUACAUAGAUAUUUGGCUGUACAGGGAUGGAUAUCAGAGACCAAGUCACUACAUUGCAACCCAAGGUCCAGUUCAUGAGACUGUGUAUGACUUUUGGAGAAUGAUAUGGCAGGAGCAGUCAGCUUGUGUUGUGAUGGUCACAAAUUUAGUGGAAGUUGGAAGAGUCAAGUGUUACAAGUACUGGCCUGACGACACUGAAGUUUAUGGCGACUUCAAAGUGACUUGUGUAGAGAUGGAGCCCCUCGCGGAAUAUGUUGUCAGGACCUUCACUCUGGGAAGGAGAGGCUACAAUGAAAUCCGUGAAGUUAAACAGUUUCAUUUCACUGGCUGGCCAGAUCAUGGAGUUCCUUACAAUGCCACAGGCCUGCUUUCCUUUAUACGGAGAGUCAAAUUAUCUAACCCUCCUAGUGCAGGGCCUAUUGUUGUCCAUUGCAGUGCUGGUGCUGGACGGACAGGUUGUUAUAUCGUGAUCGAUAUCAUGUUAGAUAUGGCAGAAAGAGAAGGUGUGGUGGAUAUCUACAACUGUGUCAAAGCUUUACGGUCCCGGCGCAUCAACAUGGUACAAACUGAGGAGCAGUACAUCUUUAUUCACGAUGCCAUUCUAGAAGCUUGCCUGUGUGGAGAAACUGCUAUUCCUGUCUGCGAAUUCAAAGCUGCUUAUUUUGAUAUGAUUAGAAUAGACUCUCAGACAAACUCUUCACAUCUCAAAGAUGAGUUUCAGACCCUGAAUUCUGUGACCCCUCGCCUGCAGGCGGAGGACUGCAGCAUUGCCUGCUUGCCAAGGAACCACGACAAGAACCGCUUCAUGGAUAUGCUGCCACCUGACAGAUGUCUGCCUUUCUUAAUUACUAUUGAUGGGGAGAGCAGCAACUACAUCAAUGCUGCUCUUAUGGACAGCUACAGGCAGCCAGCAGCUUUUAUUGUCACACAACACCCUUUACCAAACACUGUGAAAGAUUUCUGGAGAUUAGUGUAUGACUAUGGCUGUACUUCUCUUGUGAUGCUAAAUGAAGUCGACUUAGCACAGGGCUGCCCACAAUACUGGCCUGAGGAAGGGAUACUGCGGUACGGCCCCAUCCAAGUGGAAUGCAUGUCGUGUUCAAUGGACUGUGACGUCAUAAACCGAAUUUUCAGGAUAUGCAAUUUAACAAGACCACAAGAAGGUUAUCUGAUGGUCCAGCAAUUCCAGUAUUUGGGAUGGGCUUCUCACAGAGAUGUACCAGCUUCCAAGAGAUCCUUCUUGAAGUUAAUUCUUCAAGUUGAAAAAUGGCAAGAGGAAUGUGAAGAAGGGGAGGGCCGGACCAUCAUCCAUUGCCUAAACGGCGGUGGCCGGAGCGGGAUGUUCUGUGCCAUUGGCAUUGUGGUUGAGAUGGUGAAAAGGCAGAAUGUGGUGGACGUUUUCCAUGCUGUGAAGACCUUGCGGAACAGUAAGCCCAACAUGGUAGAAACUCCGGAGCAAUAUCGUUUCUGCUACGAUGUUGCACUGGAGUACCUGGAAUCCUCUUAGUCGGAAGGGAUGUGGCGAAGUUCACCAAAUAUAUGAAUCUCAGUAAGCUGUUUUGACAACAGUUCUUGAUCCUGUGAAGAAAGAUUUUAGGGGAAGAAGGGGGUGGGAGGGAUUUUAAAUUUUAAAUGCAAAGUAUUUUUCUUAUGAAGUUGUGUAUCUUAAUAAAAGAACUCAAUCUGUUUCUAUGCUUGUAUACAGUAUCAACAUUUAGUGCCACAUAAAUACUAUUUAAUGAAACCCAGAGUCAGAAGAGAUUUGCGCAAAUUAGACCUUCUCGUGUGUGUAUAUGCAGCCGUCUCUCAAAUGCAGUAGAGCGACCAUCUGUUGCAUGUAUCAAUAUUUCCUAUAUGGUAUUAAUUUUUUUUCUUUUGAUACAUUGUUAAAGUACAAUAACAGUGCAGAUUGAUAGUAAGGUUCAUUCUUUAUACGUUUCAAGUGUUGCAUAUAUAUAUAUUAUGUAUAGUAAAAGAAAAACUGGCUUAUUUUGUUUUAAUGUGCAAUGAUGGCUGGAUCACAUAAAGAUCUUUAUAAAGAAACUUAAAUAUAAGCCAAAGACUCAAGUGUAAAUAUGUCUAUAUGGAGAAAGCACAUGUAUUUAUUGUUUACUUGCAUUCCUUUUUUGAUGGCUGAAAAAAAGAAGAACCAUUUUUCUUGAAGAAAGCUUUUUUUGCUGAAAUCAAGUGUAAACAAUUUUUGUAGUUUAUUUUUUGUAUGUUUUAGUGUAAGUAGAAGACAUACUUUUUAUGCAUAGACCAAGAAACAUUGGUAUAGUGGUUUUGUUGUGUACAUGCUUGUGAUUCAAAUUCAUGUAAACAACUUGAUUAUAGAAGGUCUUUAAGUACAGGACCAAAAUCUAAACAUUUUCCUGAAAGUGUAUAGUUUUUCACAGUUGCAUUAGUUAAGUACUGAUCAAAAAACUAUGUAAGGAAGUGCACACUUCAAAAUGGCCCUGCCUGUGACUUGCACAAUAUUGGAAGAAAUUUUUAAGAUCCAUUAAAAUUGUACAGGAACUAAUUGUUUAAAAAAUAUUGAAGCACAGAUCAACAGAACUGUGACACAAAUAGAUGGAUCUGCAUAUGCCCUUCAGGGUAAAAAAGUAUUUGUUUAGCAAAUUGUAAAAUUAAGCAAUGUUAAUUUGAUGUCUAUGAACAUGUAAGCUUUGCUUCCAAGAAAGCAAAAUUUUAAUAAACCAAUGCCAGAUUCUGAUUAUUAUAGUUGUGGUGUACAAAAUAUUACUUUGCUUUUGCUUAGCUUGCAUCCAUUUCUUCACAAAGUUUCCUCUAUAUUAACAGCUGAAAUCAUUCCAGUCUCUUCUUGGUCAUUUUUAGAAAUGACAGUAAAAUGCUAUGGUGCUUUUAAAUAUUCUGUAAAGUAAGAGUGAACUAAAUUUUUAUUUAAAGAUUGGUUUAUAUUUUUUUCCUACUUUGAUAGCCUCUCACUUACUGUCCUUGUUAAGGAGUCAUUCUUGUCUGGAAGACCAAUGUAUUUGGAUAAGGAAAAUCUCAAAAGGAAAUAGUAUUAUUUUUCACCCUGGUGUUUCAGGGAGUAUGUCAUAAGACUCCAUGUGUCUCAUGGAAGUGAGGGGACUGAAAACCUGACCCAGAGAGAGCACAAAAAGAGUGCGCAGUGGAAGAAUAGAAGUGUUCCUAACCUUGGACACUUGAAGAGGGAAACGUUUCACUCCCUGAGGCGAUGGAGUAUGUCCUAAGUGUCUUCCUUCAGAUACAUGGAAUUAUCCAUUCAACACUAGAAACAGCAGAGAAAUGUUUAGCGAAACACUGCUUCUCAAAUUUUUUUAGUGCCUCCAUCUAUACUGCAGAGCUCCACCUCUUUCAGAUCUAAACCACUUAUUUUUUUUGUCACCACUGUUAAUUUCUACUUAUAAACAGCAAGGUAAAUAAAUAAGGUUUGAAAAUGUU